AUGGCUUUUUCCUUCUUCACCCCUUUUGUUACUUACAAUGACCUUGAAAGGUGGCCGAAAUCCACUGGAAUUCCGACUGGUCGUUUAUCAAAAGUUGUCGCUGGUUUAUUUGUAUCCAUUCUAGUCCUUUCAUCGUUAACUAUUGUAAUUCACAACCAACUACUAAAACCCCAAGGUCGUCGGCAAUUAGCUGCCGUCUCAACUAAUUUGGAGAUCAAGAUCAAACCAUCAUCGAUAGGAGUCCUGUCACAAGAGAAGGUUGUUGGUAGUAACGUAGAAUUCGAAAGAUCUGUUUAUCACUUUCAUCCCCAAAAGAAUUUUAUUGGUGACCCUAAUGGUCCAUUAUAUCACAUGGGUUGGUACCAUUUAUUCUACCAAUACAACCCAGAUUCAGCAAUAUGGGGAAAUAUCACUUGGGGCCAUGCAGUCUCUAAAGAUCUCAUCAACUGGUUCCAACUCCCUCUAGCCAUGGUCCCCGACCACUGGUACGACCAAAAGGGUGUCAUGACUGGCUCCGCCACCAUCCUCCCGGAUGGCCGAAUCAUAAUGUACUAUACAGGCAAUGCCCAUGAUCUAUCUCAGCUUCAGUGCCUAGCUUUCGCCGCCAAUUCAUCCGAUCCCCUCCUUGUUGAAUGGGUUAAAUACAAAGAUAACCCCAUUCUUGGUCCUCCUCUAGGCGUCGGUCGCAAAGAUUUCCGUGACCCGUCAUCUCUCUGGAUGGGGCCGGACGGAAAGUAUCGAAUGGUUAUGGGGUCGAAGCAUAACAAUACCAUAGGUUGUGCCCUAAUUUACCACACCACCAAUUUCACUCAUUUUGAAUUGAUGGAUGAGGUGCUCCAUGAAGUUCCGCAUACAGGUAUGUGGGAAUGCGUGGAUCUUUACCCGGUAUCCACCACAAAGACAGACGGGUUGGAUAUGUCGAGUUAUGAGUCGGAUGCUAAGUAUGUGUUGAAGCAAAGUGGGGACGAAGAUAGGCAUGAUUGGUAUGCAAUCGGAUCGUAUGACGUGGUGAAAGAUAAGUGGUAUCCAGAUGAUCCGGAAAUGGAUGUGGGUAUCGGGUUGAGAUAUGAUUAUGGAAAGUUUUAUGCAUCAAAGACGUUUUACGACCCGAGUAAGAGGAGACGGGUAUUAUGGGGCUAUGUUGGAGAAACGGAUCUUCAAAAUGAUGAUAUAAAAAAAGGAUGGGCAAAUAUGUUGAAUGUUCCAAGAACCGUGGUGUUGGACCCGAAUACACAAAGUAACUUGAUCCAAUGGCCCGUCGAGGAAGCAGAGACAUUAAGAUCUAAAACGUACGAUGAAUUCAAAGAUGUCGAGUUAGCGCCCGGGUCACUUGUUCCGCUUAAUAUAGACUCAACUGCACAGUUGGACAUAAGUGCCUCAUUUGAGGUAGAUGAAGCUUUAUUGGAUGCAACCUUAGAAGCCGAUACUAUUUUCAACUGCACAACGAGCGACGGUUCAGCCAUGAGGGGCGUUUUGGGACCGUUCGGGGUAGUGGUUCUAGCCGAUGAAGCACUUUCGGAACAAACUCCAGUUUAUUUCUACAUUGCAAAGAACACUGAUGGCACCUCAAGAACCUAUUUCUGUGUUGAUGAAUUAAGAUCAACAAAGCUCUCAGGUGUGCGCAAUUUUGUAUAUGGAAGCACUGUUCCAGUACUCCAUGGUGAAAACUACAACAUGAGGUUAUUGGUGGACCACUCAAUCGUAGAAAGCUUUGCACAAGGAGGAAGAACGGUGAUCACAUCAAGAGUGUAUCCUACAAAGGCCAUAUAUGAUGCAGCCAAAGUGUUUUUGUUCAACAAUGGCACUGGUAUCACUGUUAAGGCAUCUCUCAAGAUAUGGAAGAUGGGUGAAGCAAAACUUGAGCCUUUUCACGUUUAAAUAUUUUUAAGUGUUAUGUUGGGAAAUAAGAGCUAGCUUGUUUUAUUUGGGCUUACCUUGUAAGGGCGAUUAUUCGUAUUUUGGUUAAGGUAAGUUAUAUAUGGUUAUGUCCUUAAACUUUCACUAAUUUUUCUUUUGAAAACUAAACUUUU